ACACACACACAGACUAACAAUGUAGAGGCUAAUAAAAUAAUACAACGCCCAGGAAACAUCUAGAGACUGAACACAAAGGGACCAUUUACCACUUACCCACUGCAGCCUCCCUCAGGAAGAAAAGAAAGAAUACAAACCAACACCGAGAAUUAUUGAAACACUUGAGCUCUGACGCAUGUGGCGAGUGUCUGAUGGUAGUGGCGUGUGAGGCAAACCCCUCCCUCACCCCCUGCCUCCAUACCUCCAGCUACCUCUCACCUUUUCCGGGAAUUUAGAGCAGAAGACAGUGUCGUCUGACAGAUUUCGUGAGAAAAUCCAGGAAGACGCGGGUGUCCCGCCGAGAGGUAAGCCUCCACGCCGGCCGCCGGUCAGGUAUGGAGAGAAUCUUUUGAAGCUUCUCUCUGCUGAUUGCUUGCCCUUGCUUGUCCUGAUGUGACCGCCAUAUAAGGUCCCCGUCAGAGCCUCGAGUGUACAGUAAGUAAACUGCUUUAACGGACUGAGCUGCUUUCAGCGACUUCGCCUGUGACGUCACUCCCAGCACCAUGAGCAAGGUCGCAGUGCCGUCGGAGAACAAGAGCGGGCCGGUGCCGGCGGUGCUGGUGGGCGACCCCUCCGUCACCAAGAGAGGGGUGGUGGUGCUGCAGGAGUGGUGGGGCAUGAACAAGCAGAUCCAAGACGAGGCGAAGCAGAUCGCCGCCAUGGGACCUUUCGUCGCCAUAGUCCCUGACCUGUACCGAGGAAAGGUGGCGACGGACAACGAACACGCCAACCACCUGAUGAGCAACCUGGACUGGCCGGGUGCCGUCAAAGACAUCGAGGCGUGCGUCAGGUACCUGCGGCAGCGGGGCUGCACCAAGGUGGGGGUCACUGGCUUCUGCAUGGGAGGUGCCUUGACCCUGGCAGCCGCGGCUCUCGUGCCAGGGGUGGACGCUGCGGCACCUUUCUACGGCAUCCCCAGCCCUGACCUGUGUGACGUCAGCAAGAUCGCCGUCCCCGUGCAGUGUCACUUUGGUGACAAUGACCAGGUGAUGGGGUUCUCUGAUCCGGAGUCUCAAGAAAAGCUGAAGAAGAAGCUGAAGUGUCAGUAUGAGUUCCACGUGUACAAAGGUGCUGGCCAUGCCUUCACCAACGAGACUGGACCCAACUACCACCCAGAGAACUGCAAGCUCAGCUUUCAGCGACUUGUCAAGUUCUUUCAAACACACCUGUGAACAGCUCAGAUCCUUGCAAGCAGUCCGUGAAAGACUAGUUCAUUUUGUCCAAACACACCUAUUUGUGAGAAAAUAGUCAUUGGCUUCUACACACCCAACCUCUGCUAUGAAGUCAUUUAAAGCACUUCUAUGAAAAGACUGGUUUGAUGGGAAUGCCUGAAGAAACAAUCAUCACAGUUUCAUCAAACUUGUUUUGACAGUUUUGAAGGAUGGAGAUUUGCGACAACACAGAAACACAUCUGUAUUGUCGAUGACCUCUGUGAGUUAAGUUUACCGAUAAUGCUAGAGACGUUGUCACUCAAAAAUGGUAUUAAAAUAGGCAAAUUAUUGAAUUUUAAAUAUCAAAAGGUCUGUCCAUUCUAUUAUAAAUAACAAUUUACACUGUAUUAUAGAUAUAUAUUAUCUUUACAGCUUGCUUUUAUUUAAAAAUUUUAUUUAAUUUAAAAAUUAUUAACAAUUAACAACAAGCUUUAAUAUGACUCGACCAUAUCAGCUGUUUACACUUGAUCUUCAUUUAUGUACACUUUUUUUUCUCCUUUCUUUUUGAAUUGCUUGUAGACUUGAAGACUCGGUAGAACGGAGAAGGCUGGCUUCAGUGAUAAAUUACAAGAUUAAGUUAUAUAAAUACAAAUCUUGAUCUUCUGAAAAAUUCAACUUUUGCAGAAAGGACUUCAUGAAAAUUAAGUUCACUAUGCUACAGAGAUAAGAUUUAUUGUCAUCUGUUAAAAGUACCUUAUGGUAGGAUCAGUUAAAUUUAUUGUGUUUGUUAAAGGGAUGAUUGAUUGUGAGGCAUGGGUUCUGCUGUUUUGUAUUUCUUCAAACUGAUCUUUGGUGCUAACCCUGAGUAGUUGACUCCUGCUUCAUUUAUACAGCUUACAUGUUUCCGCUUACAUGUGUCACAGUUGCUUUUUGUAGCCACCUUGUAAGCCUUGUAAUAAAUGUGAUUAAUACAAAAAA